UCUCUCUCUCUCUCUCUCUCCAUAGUUCUCUCACCCUGCACUAAAAAAAAAUCCCAAACAGAAAAAAUGGAGCGAGCACGCGCGAAACCCGACUCCGAUCACCUUCUCGGACUAUCCACCAAAUACUUGUCACUCCGAAACCUACCCAAGUGCCGACACUGCGCCAUCCAAGCCCGAGAAUCCGACCCGGUUCAAUCCUCCACCGCCAACAAAAUACUCGCCAUCGCCGACGUCCUCUCCGCCGCCGAGAAUCGCUUCCGCAACCGCCACCUCGAUUACUACUCCAUCCUCCAAGUCCGACGCUCCGAGUCCGGGAACCGCCGGGUCGUUCGAGCCCAGUUCGUUAAACUGGCGGCGCUCCUGAACCCGAACGUCAACAAGUUCGCUUUCUCCGACGAAGCCCUCAGCCUCGUACGCGAAGCUUGGACUGUGCUGUCCGACUCGGACAAGAGAGCCCAGUACGAGGCCGAAAUCGACAAGACCGCCGCCGAGGCGGCAUUCUGGACGUUGUGCCCGUACUGUUACUACAUGUACGAGUACGAGAAGGUGUACGAGGAUUGUUGCUUGAGGUGCCAGAAUUGUCGGAGAGGGUUUCAUGGGGUAGCGGUGAACGCGCCGCGGAAGGCGGAGAAGAAUGGGGAGACAGAGUACUCUGUUUGCUGGAGCUAUUUUCCUCUUGGGUACGAGAGAGAGAAAGAGAAAGUCGGGGCGAGUGGCAAUCGUGUAAAUUUGGGUGGAAAUGUGGGCGAUUUCGUGUGGAUUGCUGAGGAGAAAAAGGAUGGGAAAAACGACGGCGUUAAAGGGAAUGUGGGAGUUGGGAGGAAUGUGAAGACUAAAGCAGGGAGGAAGAUGAAUGUGAAAACUGUGGGGAGGAAAACAAAGAAGGUAAUGGGGAAUAAUAUUGGGAGGAAUGAAGGAAUGGAUAUGAAUGAGAGUGGAGAUGAUGAGAGUGUUGAGUUGGAGUUUUAUAAGGGGAAAGAUGGUGAUGAUGAUGAUGUUUAUGUUGGGUUAAUGGCAUAGUCAAAAACUCAAAAGUGGGUACUAUUACUUGUCCUUGAUGAGAAUAUGUGAUGGGUUUGGUAGGGUUAACUGGGUAAGAUCCUUGCUUUUGUCUAUAAUAACUUAGGGAUGACUUUUAUUGAGUUAUUACUAAUAGCUUGUAGUUGUUGGGACUUUGGGAGGGGAUUUUGUGUGAUGGGCUGCUUCCUAUUGUUGAAAAGGUUGGUGGUUAAUUAACUAAUUACUGUAUAGUUUGUUGUUGAAAUGGUAAAGUUUAUGGUAUAAUUUUUGUUAUCUUAUGUGAAAAGUAAGAUAAACAAGUUUCUGAAA